AUGUCCGGGCGCGGGAAGCAGGGCGGGAAGGCGCGCGCCAAGGCCAAGUCGCGCUCGUCGCGGGCCGGGCUGCAGUUCCCCGUGGGCCGCGUGCACCGGCUGCUGCGCAAGGGCAACUACGCGGAGCGCGUGGGCGCCGGCGCGCCGGUGUACCUGGCGGCCGUGCUGGAGUACCUGACGGCCGAGAUCCUGGAGCUGGCGGGCAACGCGGCCCGCGACAACAAGAAGACGCGCAUCAUCCCCCGCCACCUGCAGCUCGCCAUCCGCAACGACGAGGAGCUCAACAAGCUGCUGGGCAAGGUGACGAUCGCGCAGGGCGGCGUGCUGCCCAACAUCCAGGCCGUGCUGCUGCCCAAGAAGACCGACAGCCACAAGGCCAAAGCCAAGUAGACGCUUCCUGAGGCUCUCCUCCAAACAAAGGCUCUUUUCAGAGCCGCCCACAUUUCUCAUAAAGGGUUGAGUCACUGCACUUUUCGUUAUCCAGUGAAGACUCUUAGGGACGCGUGAGUUGUCUUUAAUUCAGUAAUCUUAAAUUAUGCAUUUCUUUCGCUUAUGUUUCCUUGUUCUCGUACAGAAGUUGUCUUAAAGCUGUUUUGUUUUUUUUUUUUCUUCAAGAUCGCAUGUUUUAUUAUCACCGAGGUGAUAUUUCGCUGCUUAUGUCUUUUUAGCAUUUCUUAAUUGAAUGUUGUAUUAGUGUGUUGGCAGUGGGGGUUUUAUAACGGCGCAAAUAUCCCGGCUCCGGCCCAGCCCGCUCCGCCUUUGCUGUAAGUGCUCUGUUCAGUCAGUACCUGUUGGAUGGCAACAAUAAAGUCUGAGCAGUCCGGAUUGUUUCCUUUGAGAGCACUAAA